AUGUCAGCGGAUCUUUUCGCAGAAUUUGGAGCCGACUCCCCCUCGGAUCAACAGCAGUCGCGGCCCGUUAACACGCAGGCGACUACCGCUCCACCUGCUCCGUCAGAAUUCAGCUUCUUCAACAGCCUGACCAACACCCCAAUCCCAGCAUCGUCGUCGCAGCAACCUCCGCCCGUGGGCAAUAAUGAGAACUUUGUUUCCAGGUUCAUUCAAGAAUCUACAGCUGAAGACAACGACGACUGGGGUGAUUUCGAGGGCGGCACAUCUACGGAACCCGCUCCUGCCGCCAAGCAAGAUCUGUUCGCAUUCACAUCGCCUCCGGUCCCCCAACCACCAUCGAAUGCCUGGAACGUGGGCUCAGUUACAAAUGACGCCUUUGUAUCCGAAUCGCAAUCGUCCUGCGAGCCGACACAGCAAACUUGGCAGCGAGCACCUAUUGUGAAGGCCAAGAAGUCUGUGGACCCAAGCGUACUGUUCGAUGCAGAGGAUGAUUUCGAUGAUGAUGACGACUUUGGCGAUUUUGAGGGCGAACAGGAAAAUAAAGCGCCUUCUACAGCACCUGUUGCAUCAUCCCCAGCACUCGUGGACCUAUUAGGGGAUAUGAGCAUAUCACAGUCUCGACCACCUGUCUCGAGGGGUGUAAAUUCUGUCAACGCAAGUCAGAUUUUCGAGGGCCAAAUGGCCACGAGUAAGAAAUCUAAGAUCGGAUUCGGUGCUUCUACUAGACGAGAACGACCGGUCCCAACACCCGCACCACCGGCACAGAAAGAAGAUGACGGAUGGGAUGAAUUCGAUGAUUGGGAGGCUUCUAUUCCUACGAAAGCACCGAGCAAAUCCGGAACCAUGCAGUCGACCACGAGUGCUGCAUUACCCACUACGCCAGCUCCAAUACUUUCCUCUACAAUACCAGAUCCACAGCCCAGUGAACUACCACCUACUAACGUGCCGCCGCCCGGUAUGUUGUUAUCACUUUUCCCUUCUCUAUUUGCGGAAGCAAAUGAGAAGUUGUUCAAGCCCAUGGCAGCGCAACCCCUACCCAUGAGAAAUAAGUUACUGGCCGAGCCCACAACAAUCGCAUACCUUCAAGGCUACAUAAUCCUUGGGAAUGUUGCGGCACACAUCAUAGCUGGCCGUAAAUUGCGCUGGAAGCGAGACCAACACCUGUCCCAAGGCAUGCGAAUAGGCCCUGCGUCGUCACGAGCAACUUCCGGGAUGAAGUUGACAGGUAUCGACAAGGGCGAGAACAUGAAGGAAGAGCGAGAGGUCUCAGAUGUGGUGAGAAGUUGGAAAGAGCAGGUUGGGCGACUGCGACACGUCGUAUCCGGAGCAAAUCAGAUCAAAGCUGGUUCUUUGGAUCGUGGGCCAGACUUGCAAGAGACAAUGCCGGUAAAGACAUUGAAGCAGUCUGAAGGCGGCAUACCAGCGCGCCAAGCUUGUAUGCUAUGCGGGCUCAAACGGGAGGAAAGAGUGACGGCAGCCGAUAUGGCGACAGACGACAGCUUUGGCGAGUGGUGGAUAGACCAGGUCAACAUGCAUCGAGGCUGCAGGAAUUUCUGGAACCAGCACAAAGACACUCUUCGACAACACUGA